GGAAGCUAAUCCAAUAGCUUUCCAAAAUCACUUGUAACCAGAGAAACUGCCGGUUAACUGUCUUCUUCUUCUUUCCCCCAUUUUUUUACUUCUUACUUCAAAAAACAACAACAAAAAAAAAGAAAAAGAAAGAGAAAAACAUUACUACAUAAUAAUACAAAUUCUAUUUGUCCAUAUUUCAUAUAUAUAAACAAAAAAAUUUACACCAUUUUUAAUCAAUCUGAAUAUUAUUGUAUCUCUCAAUCUUCUUCUCCAUCACAAAAGAUUUGUGGGUUUUCACUUCGGAGGGUAUGAUUGUAAGUCGGAUUACAAUGAGUAUCUGGUUCGAGGAUUCCUUAUGUGUUGCUUCAUGUGCUGAGGAUAUGUGAAUGGAUUCAGCAAGAGGUUGGUUCCAAAAAUUGUCAUCAACCAAGAAGGAUCCAAUGGCCGGUGAUGGCAAGCCACCGUCAGCCGAAGAGGCUUCCAAUAUAACAAAGCAAAGGGUUGCUGCAGCAAAACAAUACAUUGAGAAACAUUACAAGGAGCAGAUGAAAAAUUUGCAGGAGAGAAAAGAGCGUCGAGUUUUACUAGAACAAAAGCUGGCAGACGCCGAUGUCUCACAGGAAGAUCAAACUAACCUACUGAAAUUUUUGGAAAAGAAGGAAACUGAAUACAUGCGACUCCAGAGGCAUAAAAUGGGAGCUGAUGAUUUUGAAUUAUUAACGAUGAUCGGAAAGGGUGCAUUUGGAGAGGUCAGAAUUUGUAGAGAAAAAACAACUGGUCAGGUAUAUGCAAUGAAGAAGCUAAAGAAAUCAGAAAUGCUUCGUAGAGGACAGGUUGAGCAUGUGAAAGCUGAAAGGAAUCUUCUUGCGGAGGUGGACAGUGAUUGCAUUGUCAAACUGUAUUAUUCUUUCCAAGAUGACGAUUAUCUGUAUCUUGUUAUGGAAUAUCUACCCGGUGGGGAUAUGAUGACACUACUCAUGAGGAAGGAUAUAUUGACUGAAGACGAAGCCAGAUUUUAUGUUGCGGAAACUGUUUUAGCAAUUGAAUCUAUCCAUAAACAUAACUAUAUACACAGAGACAUUAAGCCUGAUAACCUGCUUCUCGAUAGAUAUGGUCAUUUAAAACUAUCAGAUUUUGGACUAUGUAAGCCUUUAGACUGCAGUACUCUUGAAGAGAAGGAUUUCUCAGUGGGGGAUAGUGCCAAUGGAGGUUCCAAGAGUGAAAGCCCUACGGCUCCCAAACGCACUCAGCAAGAGCAGCUAGAAAACUGGCAGAAAAAUAGGAGGAUGCUUGCCUAUUCUACAGUGGGUACACCAGACUAUAUUGCUCCGGAGGUCCUGCAGAAGAAAGGUUAUGGAAUGGAAUGUGACUGGUGGUCGCUUGGCGCUAUUAUGUAUGAAAUGCUCAUCGGUUAUCCGCCUUUCUAUUCUGAUGAUCCCAUGUCAACUUGUAGGAAGAUAGUUAACUGGAAAAAUCAUUUAAAGUUUCCUGAAGAAGUAAAGCUAUCUCGAGAAGCGAAAGAUAUUACAAGCAAACUUCUUUGCAAUGUCACCGAGAGACUUGGUUCCAACGGCACAGAUGAAAUAAAGGCCCACCCGUGGUUUAAAGGGAUAGAUUGGGAUAAAAUCUAUCAGAUGGAAGCUGCUUUCAUUCCGGAAGUCAAUGAUGAAUUGGACACCCAAAAUUUUGAAAAGUUUGAAGAGUCUGAAUCUCAUUCUCAGAGUACGUCAAGAUCUGGUCCAUGGAGAAAGAUGCUCUCGUCUAAGGACAUUAACUUUGUCGGGUACACGUACAAGAAUUUCAAAGUCGUGAAUGAUUGUCAAGUGCCUGGAAUGGUUGAUCUGGAGAAAACAACUGGCAAGCCCAAGAAACCAACAAUUAAAUCAUUGUUUGGGGAUGAGUCAGAAACAUCAGAAGAGAACUCGUGAUCAACGAAGGAGUUGCUUGAAUCUCUUGCCUCAGCAUCGUACAAAGUUCUGAAAAAGCUGAAUGUAGCUACGCGUGCUCCUUGAAUCUGCUCAUUAGCGCGAAUUAGUACAAGUUUUUGACAGUAAGUUAGAGUCUAUAUGAUCUGAAAUAACUAUUUAUUGAAUUGAAAGAUUUUGAGAGAAAUAGGUUGUCUGUCUACUUGAAACAAGUCCUCUUUAGCAUUUUUCAACAAUUGAUUGUAAUUUACAAUUUUGUUACAAGAUUUAGAUGUAAUAAUUAACAUCUUUGAUAUUGUAAAUCAAUAUUCUUUUGCAAUUAGUGUUAUAAUCAGUGUUUAACAU